AUGCCAAAAUCAGAUAGACGCCCACUUUGGGACUCGUUAGUUGAACAUGUGGUGCAGGACGAGUCGACACUUUUUAGCGGUGACUUCAACAACGUGCUCGCUGAGGAUGAAAGAGUGGGAGGAUCUGUCCUUACGGAAUAUGAGAUUAAGAAGAUGGUGGACACGUGUGCCUUGCUCGGUUUGGAAGAUAUCAUGUCUACGGGAUGCGAGUACACUUGGACGAACCAUGCUAUUUCGAGCAAGAUUGAUAGGGAGUUUCUACCAUCGGGAGCGUACACGGACCACUCACCGGCUGUCACCACCCUCUUUGAAUUCAAGAAGCACCUCAAGGAGUUCAACUUUAAGGAGUUUAGUGAGCUCUCAAAGAGGGCCAAGGAGGCCGGGGAAAAGCUUGAGGCGUUGCAAAAACAGGCGGACAGGGACACAUCAGACCUUGCCCUUUGGGUCCAGAUCACCAAUCAGAAAAAGAAGACUGCCUACCUUGAGAAUUCUGAAAGGGAGUAUUUUAAGCAAAAAGCUAAAUUCAAGCAUUUACUCCUUAGUGAUCGUAGUACUUCGUUCUUCCACUCUCUUGUUAAUAGGAACAACUCACAAAAUUAUAUUGCAUUCCUCUACAGGAGAGAUGACACUAUUACGAGGGAUCAGGAGAAAAUAAUCAGUGAGUUUGUGGAGUUCUACUCGACUCUUUUGGGUACCAAGAAGGAGCCGGAGCCCAUCAACGUGGACAUCAUUAGGCAAGGCCCUCUUGUGAGUGAGGAGGACAGUAGGGACUUGGUUCGAGCCAUCACGGUUGAGGAGAUCAAAGAAGCCUUGUUUGACAUCAGGAACGACAUGGCACCGGGGCCCGAUGGCUACUUCUCGGCAUUCUUCAAGAAGCAAUGGGAGAGAGUCGGCAAAGACGUGGUUGAGGCAGUUAAGGAAUUCUUUGAAACGGGCCAAUUGUUGAAGAACUUCAACACCAACGAUGGGCGACUACAGGCCUAUCUCCUGCUGCAUCGUCUUUUACAAGAUCAUCACUAA